AUGGUUUUGUACAAGAGAAAGCCGAUAAUUCUUCCUGAUCCAUUACCUUUACCUGAUGAUCUUAAUAUCUACGUAUGGCAUAUCGACGAAACUGGGGAAUGGUUUUUCUCAUACGAAGAAUAUUUGAAAAGAUUAGAUUUUUAUAUGAGACAUCAUUUCACAUGUGAAAUUACAGGUACUUCAUGUCUAACCUUUUUCCAAGCAUUAGAUAGUGAAGAAGCCCAAUUUAAAUAUGUUGAAGAAAAAUUCCCAUUGAAACUUAGAGAACCUGUGGCAAGAUUUUUGCAUUUUAACGUAAUUAAAAGAUUAGACUCUUUAGUAGAACAGGUAUACGCUAAAUUUAAAAAUGAUUACUUUCCUGGUGAAGUAGUAUAUUUACGUAGACCUAAAGAACCUAAUCAACCAACAGGUGCAGCUGCCACUUCUAAUGGUACACCUUCCUCAUCAUCAUCACAUAUACCUACUUCAAAAGGAUCCGAUAAUCCAACUACAUCAAAUCAACCACAGUACCAAAGUCCGUAUAUUGUAAAAGAAAAGGCACAAUUUAACGCAACGAUUGAUCCAAAGACUGGUUCUGUUUCUGUACCAGGACACUGUAAAUAUAUGCUAAUUGAAGAUGAUUCUCAUCUAUAUGAAAAUGGACAACGUUUGCAGCCUGGUCGUGAACCAACCGGGAAAUCUAUAAUUGUAGAUCAAUCACAGAUAUACAGAGAUAGAUCAUCUUUUACUAAACAUCUAAUUAAAUGUUUUUUUAAGAUUACUCUGCAUAAAGCAUCUUCGAAAUCAGGAGCUCCUUGGUCUGUAAAACCAGAGUAUUUAAGUAUGUAUGGUUUAACCAUGAAUUGGCCACCUGAGUUGAUCCAAUUUAAGGAUGAUGAACCUAAUAUCGAACCAACCCCUGUCUCAGAAACUCCAGUUGACCUAUCUGGCGAAAGCAGUGCAAAAAUAAAGGGCAAGAACAAGAGAAAGAACGAUUCUGAAACUAAUGAAAGUGGAAUCGAUGAAGAAACGAAUAAGAAGAAGAAACUAAAUAGUAAUGACGCUAAAGAUAUUGAAAAAGAAGAUAUUAAGGUUGAACAAUCUACCGAACCAGCAAUUGUUAUAAAUACAAUUGUUGAUGAUCUAGAAAUACCCUUCAAGCAAGACGAUGAAUCGUUCAUUGGUAAUCUUCAAUAUUAUAAUGAUAAUCUAGAAAGUGUUCGUUUAUCGGAUAUGCGCUCAUCAUCCCUUCACAAUCUCCCUCAUUUUGAGAGGGUAUUACAAAUAUAUCAAUUUUUAAUCAGUUUCAGUGAUACCUUAUUAUUAUCAAGAUUUAAUUUUGAUCAAUUUAUUACAUCUAUUAAGUGCACAGAUGAAUAUGAAUUAAUUGGAGAGGUAGUGGAGGUUUCCCUUCGAAAUGAUGAAGACAAAAAAAAUAAGACUAAUGAAGACGUUAAUAACGGCUCUGACUCUGAUAAUUCCGAAGAAGAGAACAAUAGUGAUAUGGAGUCUAAACCAGUAAGUGACUGGAAAAGAAACUCCAAAAUUCGUGCAAUGAUUGAAUCAAAAGCAUUAAACGCAAACGAACCUUUGAAAUAUAAAAUCUUAAAAAAUGACCCAGCAUCAGAUGAUGUAAUUGACAAUGUUAAUAGUAAUGGUACAGCUAUUCUAGUAGAAUCAUUCAUAGCUCUACUGUCGCUUUUCAUCAACGAAAAAGGAGAAUGGGUUACAAUUGUUUCCGAAGAUUGGUAUGAUAUGCCGAAUGACCUGGCCAAACCAGAGACUAAAGAAGAAAAGGAAACAGAUAUGGAAGUCAACAGUGAUGUGAAGACUGAAACUGACAAUAUUACAAAUGACAAUGAAAAAGAUAUAGAGAAAGAUAUCAAAAAUGAAUCCGAUUCAGAUGAUGAAUUAUCUGAAGAAGAAGAACGUAUAGAAAAAUGUUUAAACUUUCGUAACGUUCAUUGGAGUGAAAGAUUAAUAAAAAGACAAUUCAGUAACCAUUUUUGGUUAAUUAUUUUAUUAGGUAUUUUCCAAGAUAGUUUAGCAAUGCCUAAAUACACCAACUUUGCAAAAAUUUUCAGCAGUAAAUUAGUGCCUAAACAGGUAUCCGCCACUCAUCUUCCAAAGCAAUUAUGGAGAAACUUCUGCCGUGAAUUUACCUUUUCAGAAAAAAUUGAAGCAUUAUGGAUGUUGGUAGACAUGGUUACUCACUAUUCUCAAGAUAUCAAGCAAGCUGUUGAUGAUUCUCUGGAACUAUCAAACCAAAUCAGAUCAGAAAAAUUUAAAAUCGCAAGAGAAAUAAAAAGUUUAAUCUCUGAUUUAUGUAAAAUUAAUGCAGAUACCGAUGUUCAACAUUACAAGGAUGUUCAGGCAAAAAUCGAUAGUCUUCAAAAAGAUAAGACAUUCUUAGAAAGGCAGAUUUUAGAAGCUGAGUUACAAAGACUGAAACCUCUAGGGAUGGACCGGUAUGGUAACCGUUUCUUUUGGUUUGGACUUUCGGGUGUACCUGUACAUGUAUAUUCAGAGGAAGAACUAAAUGAAAACAAUGUUGAACUCAAUUAUUCUACUGGUAGACUAUUUAUUCAGGGUCCUACUAGACAAAUGGCAAAAUACCUUUUAAAGAUAACAGAUGACGAAUUAAGUAAUUGGAAAUUACUAUGUGAAAAGGAUGGGAAAGCUUCGGCGACAAAGGAAGUUUUUCACGUAUAUAAACGUGAGGAUGGCUCAAUAUGGUCUAUCGGUUCUGAAAAUAAUGACAUUGAUAUCGAACUCCUUUCUAAAGACGGGAAAUUAAACCCAUCAGUGACAUUAUCAUUUAUACAGAAGAUGAUAUUGGACGAAUCGCCUGAAUAUCUUAUGUUAGAUGAAGGAAUGUGGUACUCGGUUAACACUGUUGACGACUUAGCCUCCAUACUGAACAGACUUAAUACAUGGGGUAGAAAAGAACAUGAUCUUUUAAGACAAUUUAGAAAUACCACAUUAGACAUAGAGAAUUCAAUGCUGGUACGAAACAAAAUUUUAAAUCCUCCUGAAUUCAGUGAUGAAGAAAAUAAAUUACUCGAAGAACUAAAUGAAAAUGCGUUAACCGUUAAUGAACUACAGGUAGAUAAUGAAGGACAUAGCGAAAUAUCGAGUUCUAAUAAUGACAAGACAAAAGAAGAAACCGACGAAGAUAGACUUGACAUUAUAGAAGUAAGGUUGGACGAAAUAGCAGAUGAGAUUAUGAAUUUAGAGGAUUCUUCAAAAACCAGAGCAAUAUUAACACAAAUCAAAACUCUAGAAGAUGAACGAGAUGAACUUCUGGAAGAGAAAGAGCAGAAAAAGAACUCACAACGACCAGGGGCACGUAUUCUUGCCCGUUCCGAAAAGAAGAGAAAUGCAAUUUCGAGAGAUAACAAAUUAUCUAAUCAAACUGAAUUACUCACUGACCUGAUCAAUUAUAGGCAUUUUAAAGCUAUGGAGGAUGUUAUACAAUGGAAGAAUAAAAUCGCAUUAAAACGUUUUGGUACGGAAUUAAGAAAAUCUACAUCCAGUAAGAAGAAUCACUCCUUGAAGGAGUUGGUACCUACAAUACCUGAGAAAAUGAAAAAUAUUUUAGAGCAAUUAGAAUCUGCAACAGAAAUACCAAAAUGA